AGGCCCAUCUCUCACCUCCAGACUCCAUCCACUUCUAUAAAGCCCCAUUGCUACUCAUCUCCUUGCAUGCGUCUUCCUAUGAGAUUUGAGCUAUGGAUGCAGCUUUAUCAAUCAGUAAUGGUGACUACAGUAGUAAACAAAGUACGACAAGCCAAGAGCCUGAAUUGAUGGACAAAGACGGAGUGCAACCAACGAUCCACCCCUCCCUUCAACUUGAAUUGAAGCUCCCGUGCUCGACUGAGACUGAGUCAGGGAAUAUUUAUCGAGCCACAUCUCGAUGUGGGCUCGAUGUAAUGACAGUGAAGCCUUCACCUUCGACUUCUCACAGCAUGAUAGCAGAAAGAGGUUCUCGGGGAUGUCACAAUGAUGGUGAAGGCGACGGGGGCAGAGGAAGUAAGAAGCUAAGGCUAUCAAAAGAGCAGUCUUGUUAUCUGGAAGAGUGCUUUGAGGAGCAUACCACCCUGAACCCGAAACGAAAGCUUGCAAUAGCCAAGAGGCUAAAUCUCUUGCCCCGUCAAGUAGAAGUGUGGUUUCAAAACCGAAGAGCCCGAACAAAGCUCAAGCAGACUGAAGUGGACUACAAAUACUUGAAACAGUGGCGCAAAUAUCUAACUGAAGAGAACCGAAGGCUCCAUAAGGAGAUCCAGGAGCUCAAAGCAUUCAAAUCUCCACUCCAGAAUGCUCAUCAUUACAAACAGCCAACGAUGCUAACUAUGUGCCCAUCAUGUCAGCAUGCUAUUGUUCCUCAAAAAAUCCACAGCUUCCAUGCCACGACCGAUGGAGAGAAUUGCCCUAGAUUGGCCUGUUAGGGUUUUAAAUUGGCUGGGAGAAGGUUUUUCAUGACCAUUUCCUCUGCUUUACUUGUUAUAAUGAAGAGCAACUUUUGAUCAGAGGCAUGUAACAAUACUCUUAGAAACAUGAUAAAGAAAUCUUUGAUGGUAA